AUGAGAUUCCUUUGUUUUGCCAGUGCUUUAGCGACAGCUUGUGCUUUCACAUCCCAACCAGCUGCUUUCACCACCAACAGCCCUGUUGUUGGAGGCCGUGUUCUUGAAGAUGUUGUUGCAUCUGGACAGGCUCACCGCACCCGUAAAUCAACAAUUGUGAUGGACGGAAAGGCAAACGCAAUCCGUGACCGCAUCACUACUGUGAAAAACACAAGAAAGAUCACCAUGGCCAUGAAACUUGUUGCUGCCGCCAAGGUUCGUCGUGCUCAAGACGCUGUACUUGCAACACGCCCUUUCUCCGAAACACUUCAAUCUGUUUUCGGAGGACUUAUCCAAAGAUUGGGAGACGAUACCGUUGAUUUGCCACUUUUGACCCAACGUGAAGUCAACAAAGUUACUAUCGCUGUUGUCACUGGAGACCGUGGACUUUGCGGUGGAUACAAUUCUAACAUGAUCAGGAAGGCCGAGGCCCGUUUUCAAGAGCUUAAGAGUCAAGGGAUUGAGGCGGACAUGGUUCUCAUCGGAAAGAAAGGAAUCUCCUACUUUACCCGUCGUGGAUACCCAAUCCGCAAGACUUUUGAAUGUGGGCAAAACCCCAAUGCCAAGGAAGCACUCGCUAUCUCUGAAGAGCUAUUGAAUACUUUCCUUUCGGGAGAAAGUGAUGCAAUUGAACUUCUGUACACCAAGUUUCUUUCUCUCAUCGCCUCUGCUCCAUCCGUCCGAACUUUGGUUCCAUUCUCCGCUUCCGACAUCACACAAAAGGGUGACGAGGUCUUCCAAUUGACAUCUGAAUCCGGUGAUUUCAGUGUGGAACGAACCGAACUUGAUGUCGCAGAACCACAAGAGUUCCCGAAUGACAUGAUCUUCGAGCAAGACCCACUCCAAAUUGUCAACUCAAUCCUACCACUUUACGUCAAUGGACAAGUCCUCCGCACAAUUCAAGAAUCUGUAGCUUCCGAGCUUGCAGCACGUAUGCAAUCGAUGCAAAGUGCGAGUGAUAACGCUGGUGAACUUGCCAAGAAGUUGAGUCUUGAGUACAACCGCGCACGUCAAGCUGCAGUCACUCAAGAAAUUCUUGAGAUUGUCUCAGGUGCCCAAGCUCUUGAUUAA